UGAAAUCCAUUGGGGUUGUAGCUCUAAUGUUGCAGUCGAAGCCUUACCCUGUGCCUGUAGAGAAUGGAGAGGAAGAGGAGGAUGGAACCCUUGCAUUAGCUAACACAGCAGAGAAGGCUCUGCAAUUGCGUGACAGUAGCUCUAAUAAACUUGUUGGUGGAACAGCAAAAUCUGGAGCAGAGUUUUUCUUGACUCGAUCUUAUCAUGGUCUUGAAAUGCAUGCUGACAACUCUUUGCCUGAGCCUUUCAUGAUGGGUCGAAGUGGAAAGGCAUCAGGUUACAGGGAUGAGAAAAGCAAGCAUGAAACUGGUGACUAGUUUGAAGUUGUAGAAAAGGAGAGAUUGAACAGUGAAGUUGGGAUGGAAGGUAUUUACUAUUGUUCCAAAAUGGAACAAGCUUGACAAGAUAGAAAAGCAGUAUGACCAAACUCUUGUUGGCGGCUUCACUUGUUAAGAUCUGUAAGGAAGAAGGAUGCCAAGGAUGACAAUGGUUAUCUUACAGGCUGAAACCUGAUUUCAUGGGUCAAAAUGUUGAGCACUAGAUGUUAUCAUGGAAAAAUAGUCCUUGGAAGUCUAAUUUCCAUUAUCUUGAUUUUGUUUGGUAAUUUUGAUGUAAUUUGGGGUUAUUUUGCAAUUUUGUUGUAAUUGUAGUAGAAUGAUGUAGAAUUUAGGUUAAUUAUGCAUUUAAUAUAAGGUAUUUUUUACC